CGGCGCCCGGGGACCCCGGCACGUGAGGUGGACGCCCCCCACCCCCUAUCCCGGGAGCGCCCGGGUGCGGAGCCAGGCGCGGAGGUCUGGAGUCAGCGCCAGCUGUGGGGACCCUGGACCUCUACCAUGGAGACUGAGAGUGAACAGAACUCCAACUCCACCAAUGGGAGUUCCGGCUCUGGGGGCAGCUCUCGGCCCCAGAUCGCUCAAAUGUCACUGUAUGAACGGCAGGCCGUGCAGGCUCUGCAGGCACUGCAGCGUCAGCCCAACGCGGCUCAGUAUUUCCACCAGUUCAUGCUCCAGCAGCAGCUCAGCAAUGCCCAGCUGCAUAGCCUGGCUGCCGUCCAGCAGGCCACAAUUGCUGCCAGUCGGCAGGCCAGCUCCCCAAACACCAGCACUGCACAGCAGCAGACCUCCACCACCCAGGCCUCCAUCAAUCUGGCCACCACGUCGGCCGCCCAGCUCAUCAGCCGGUCCCAGAGUGUGAGCUCUCCCAGUGCUACCACUUUGACCCAAUCUGUGCUACUGGGGAACACCACCUCCCCACCCCUCAACCAGUCCCAGGCCCAGAUGUAUCUGCGGCCACAGCUGGGAAACCUAUUGCAGGUAAACCGGACCCUGGGCCGGAAUGUGCCUCUAGCCUCCCAACUCAUCCUGAUGCCUAACGGGGCGGUGGCUGCAGUCCAGCAGGAGGCGCCAUCUGCUCAGUCUCCUGGAGUCCACACAGAUGCCGAUCAGGUGCAGAACUUGGCCGUCAGGAACCAGCAGGCCUCCGCCCAAGGACCCCAAAUGCAAGGCUCUGCUCAGAAGGCCAUCCCUCCUGGGGCCUCCCCUGUCUCCAGCCUCUCCCAGGCUUCUAGCCAGGCCCUUGCCGUGGCUCAGGCUUCCUCUGGGGCCUCAGGCCAGUCCCUCAACCUCAGUCAAGCUAGUGGAGGCAGUGGGACUAGCAUCCCAGGGUCCAUGGGUCCUGGAGGAGGCGGCCAGGCUCCUGGGGGCUUGGGGCAGUUGCCUUCCUCAGGAAUGGGUGGUGGUGGGAGCUGCCCCAGGAAGGGCACCGGAGUGGUGCAGCCCUUGCCUGCAGCCCAGGCAGUGACUGUGAGUCAGGGCAGCCAGACAGAAGCAGAAAGCGCAGCGGCCAAGAAAGCAGAAGCAGAUGGGGCUGGUCAGCAGAACGUGGGCAUGAACCUCACCCGGACCGCCACUCCCGCUCCCAGCCAGACCCUCAUUAGCUCAGCCACCUACACGCAGAUCCAGCCCCACUCCCUGAUUCAGCAGCAGCAGCAGAUCCACCUCCAGCAGAAGCAGGUGGUGAUCCAGCAGCAGAUCGCCAUCCACCACCAGCAGCAGUUCCCGCACCGCCAGUCCCAGCUUCUGCACACGGCCACGCACCUCCAGCUGGCCCAGCAGCAGCAGCAGCAGCAGCAACAGCAGUCCAAACCGCCGGCUCAGCAGGCCACCACCCUCACUGCCCCGCAGCCUCCGCCGGGUCCCCCGACCCAGCCGGUCCCGCCGUCCCCGUCCCAGCAGCCAGCCCAGACCCUGGUCGUCCAGCCCAUGCUGCAGUCUUCACCCUUGUCCCUGCCGCCGGACCCCGCCCCCAAGCCCCCCAUUCCCAUUCAGUCCAAACCGCCGGCAGCCCCUCUCAAGCCCCCUCAGCUAGGGGCUGCCAAGAUGUCCGCUGCCCAGCAGCCCCCACCCCACAUCCCCGUGCAAGUGGUGGGCACCCGGCAGCCGGGUACAGCCCAGGCCCAGGCUUUGGGGCUGGCCCAGCUGGCAGCUGCCGUCCCCAAUUCCCGGGGGAUGCCAGGCACAGUGCCACCAGGCCAGGCCCACUUGGCCUCCUCGCCGCCUUCAUCCCAGGCCCCGGGUGCGCUGCAGGAGUGCCCGCCCACGUUGGCCUCAGGGAUGACCCUGGCCCCUGUGCAGGGGACGGCGCACGUGGUGAAGGGCGGGGUGACCACCUCCUCACCCGUGGUGGCCCAGGUCCCUGCCGCCUUCUACAUGCAGUCUGUGCACCUGCCGGGCAAACCCCAGACACUGGCUGUAAAGCGCAAGGCUGAGUCUGAGGAGGAGCGAGAUGACGUCUCCACAUUGAGUUCGAUGAUUCCCGCGAAGACAUCUCCGGUGGUAGAGAGCCCGAAGGCCAUGGAGGAGAAGGGCGGUCUUGGAGAUAAAGCUGAGCCAGUGACCAGCUCGAACGCUAACACCCUGAGCAGUGACAUUGUACCUUUGGCUCCCGCCCCAUCAGCGCCCCCUCCUUCACUGGCCAUGGUGUCCAGACAGAUGGGUGACUCCAAGCCCCCCCAGGCCAUUGUGAAGCCCCAGAUCCUCACCCACAUCAUCGAAGGCUUUGUUAUCCAGGAAGGAGCAGAGCCUUUCCCGGUGGGUUGUUCUCAGUUAUUGAAAGAGUCUGAGAAGCCCCUGCAGACUGGCCUCACCACAGGACUGAAUGAGAAUCAGUCGGGUGGUCCCUUGGGUGGGGACAGCCCAUCUGCUGAGCUAGAUAAGAAGGCGAACCUCCUGAAGUGUGAGUACUGUGGGAAGUACGCCCCUGCGGAGCAGUUCCGCGGCUCCAAGAGAUUCUGCUCCAUGACUUGCGCUAAGAGGUAUAAUGUGAGCUGUAGCCACCAAUUCCGGCUGAAGAGGAAAAAAAUGAAAGAAUUUCAGGAAGCCAACUACGCCCGCGUUCGCCGGCGCGGACCCCGUCGUGGCUCCUCGGACAUCGCCCGUGCCAAGAUCCAGGGCAAGCGCCACCGAGGUCAAGAGGACUCUAGCCGGGGUUCAGAUAAUUCCAGUUACGAUGAAGCACUCUCUCCAACAUCUCCUGGGCCUUUAUCCGUGAGAGCAGGGCAUGGAGAACGUGACCUGGGGAAUCCCAACACAGCUCCGCCUACCCCAGAAUUACAUGGCAUCAACCCUGUGUUCCUAUCCAGUAAUCCUAGCCGCUGGAGCGUAGAGGAGGUCUAUGAGUUCAUUGCUUCUCUACAAGGCUGCCAAGAGAUUGCAGAGGAAUUUCGUUCCCAGGAGAUUGAUGGACAAGCCCUCUUAUUACUUAAAGAGGAACAUCUCAUGAGUGCCAUGAACAUCAAGCUGGGUCCUGCCCUCAAGAUCUGUGCUAAGAUAAAUGUCCUCAAGGAGACCUAAGGUGGCCCUCUUGCACAAACCAGCCUAAGGCAGACACUCCCCACCGUCCAGGUUAUAACCUGGUGCCAGCAGACUCCAUGAGGAAGACAAGAGCUGUGCUGUCUUCUGCAGGAGGGAUCACCAAGACAGGGAAGAACCAUGGAAGAACUGGUCGCUGGUGCUACAUGGUGGCAGCUUUGAUGUUUCUCUGGGUUUUAUUUUUUAAAUCUUCACAAUUUCACCUACCCUAACCCAAUCUUUGUGAAAGAGGCAGUCUAGAGAACUAGGACUGCUCGGCCUUGUCCUGGAGUGGAGUGUCUAGCCAGGGUCUGAAUUCUCCAGGAGGAGGAAUGUACAGUGUGGCGAGGCAAGAAAAUGGGUGGACUAGGUGUGCCUCGGCCCCGGCAGCAGGGGAGUUUUCCAGCUUUUGUGACACAAGUAGCAAAACUUGGUCCUCCCCCCUUCCCUCCAGCUCCUCCUGACUGUAGCUGUGGCCCAGACUUCUGUUGUCACUCCCGUAGUGUUGGACAUCUUCUCCUGCAUCCUCACUGGCCAGUGUAGGGACUGGGUUGCCAUCAUUCUGAGUUGCUGCAGGGACUAAAAGUAUUGGGUACA